AUGGAUGAUCAAAGUGAAAAUUCCAUGGAUAAACAAAUCGACGAUAAUGAUGGCACCAAACCCGAAAAAAUGUUCACCCUGAAAAAGUGGAAUGCUGUGGCUAUGUGGAGCUGGGAUGUUGAAUGUGAUAUUUGUGCUAUUUGUCGCGUUCAAGUUAUGGAUGCCUGCUUACGUUGUCAAGCGGAAAACAAACGUGAUGUCUUGGGUCGCCAGGAUUGUGUUGUGGUAUGGGGUGAAUGUAAUCACUCUUUCCAUCAUUGUUGUAUGUCCCUCUGGGUAAAACAAAACAAUCGUUGUCCAUUAUGCCAGCAGGAAUGGUCCAUACAACGUAUGGGUAAAUAAUUC